UGAGUCACGACCCCAUUGGACAGCCUUAAAUCCUAUAUACAACCUCAAAUACAUUCUCUCACUCCCUGCGUACCAUUCCCUUUUUUUCUCUUUUUCAAGAACAAAUCAAUUCGUGUAAUCGCGACUCUACUCACCAUGGCACCUUCAGCCUACUCCCCAGAGCAGAUCACCCAAUACCUAGAUUACAUUGGCCUUCCCUCUCACUAUCAUCCUUCGUCUCCAUCUAGACCUCCCCUCAGCUUUGAUUUCCUUACCACUCUCCACGCCCAUCAGAUUGCUGCCAUUCCAUACGAGAAUCUCUCGUUACAUUACUCAGUCACAAAGGAGAUUUCCAUAGAUCCACAGGUCACGUUCAAGAAAAUAGUGACCGACAAGCGCGGACGCGGGGGCUACUGCAUGGAAGCAGCCAUCUUCUUCAAUCACAUCCUGAGGGCACUGGGAUUCGAUGCGUACACGGCGGGCGUGAGGAUACGGUACCGAGAAAACGGAAUACCGAAGGGUGAUUACAUAGGAUGGACGCACAUCGUCAACAUCGUAACCCUCCCCGACUCCACCAAACAUGUCCUCGACGUCGCCUUCGGCGGCGACGGCCCCACAAAACCCCUGCCCCUGCUCCCAGGAAUCGUCACGUCCAACAUCGGCACCCAAGAGCUCCGCUUCGUCCACGAGCCGCUGGCCCAGCAAACCCACGACGCGGUCGCUAGCAAGUACUGGAUUUACCAGUACCGCAACGCACCCACCGCGCCCUGGAACUCGUUCUACGCGUUCACGGAGCUGGAGUUCUUGCAUGGCGAUUUCGAGAUUAUGAAUCACUUUACGAGUACGAGUAAGAGGAGUUUCCAGACGUAUACCGCGUUGGUGGUAAAGUUCUUGAUGGCGCGAGAGGGAGAUGAGGAGAUGAGGGCGGAGUUGAGGGCGGAGGGGAAGGGGAAGGGGGGCGUGUAUGGUAAGGUGAUGUUGGUCGGUGGGGAUGUGAAGGUGAAUACGGAUAGGAAGACGAGGGUGGUGAAGAGGUGUGAGACGGAGGCUGAGAGGGUGAAGGCGCUGAGGGAGUGGUUUGGAAUGAGUUUUACGGAGGAGGAGAGGGAGGGGAUUAGGGGGCACGUUACUGAGUUGAAGUGAUCAGGUCGGGUUUCCUAGCUGUGAACUAUGGUAUUGGAAAGAAGAUGUAGAUGUUCCGUGGUAGAAAUGGUACUUGGAUUCUAUUUCAUUUCGCACUAGGCUAUUGUCGACAUCGACACGAUGUUUACCUUCAUCAGAUUCGAUCAGCAUGGA